AUGACUACCAUCACAUUUGUUACAGGGAAUGCCAACAAGCUUAAGGAGGUUGUUGCCAUCCUCUCUAAUGGCUCUACUGAUGGCUCAGCUUCAGUAGGUAAAUUUACAAUCACCAAUGAAAAACUUGACUUGGAAGAAGUUCAAGGUACCAUUGAAGAAGUUACCAUUCAUAAAGCUAAAUCCGCUGCCAAGAUCAUGAACGGUCCUGUUCUCGUAGAAGACACAUGCCUUGGAUUCAAUGCCUUCAAGAACUUGCCAGGUCCUUAUAUCAAAUGGUUCGUUGAAGCCAUUGGUUUAACUGGUCUUGUCGAUAUGCUUUACAAGUUUGAAGAUAAGUCUGCCAAUGCCAUCUGUACAUUUGGAUACUGUGAAGGACCAGACGCUGAGGUGAAAUUAUUCCAAGGGGUUACAAAGGGUAACAUUGUAGACAGUAGAGGUCCUACCAAUUUCGGUUGGGAUUCCAUUUUCGAACCUGAAGGUUACACUGAAACAUAUGCUGAAAUGGAUAAAAAGAUUAAGAAUACCAUCUCCCAUAGAUUUAAGGCUUUGGACUUAUUAAGAGACUUUUUACAAUCACAAUAA